AUUAUAUCUUCAACAGUGCAUUAUUUGUAGAGAGCAACUCCAGUUGUUCAUAGUGUCGAAUAAUUUAUUGACAUGUCCCUUGUACCGCAGUGCGUAUGGCACAUUCCUACGGUAUCUCUCGUCAGUCGUUGAGGGCAGGAGUUAGCUGCAAGUAGCGCAGUUAACGACGAGGCGGUUGCUUGAGUUUAGUUUUAUAAAAUGGAUUGGCUUUUGACGUCAUUAGAUAUUUUAUUUGAUUUUCCAAGAUGGUAUAUAGGUGCAGUUCUCGGCACCGGGUUUUUUACAUAUUACCUGCGUGAAGCGGUGAAGCAACCAAUUCUUGCUUGUUCAAAUGGAAAAUUUAAAGCAUUCUUGUUGGCGCAUGUACCAAUACUGCACGAGAAGUAUUGGCCAACACUUUGGUGUUUUGAGUCUAGAGCGCAGACUGUAUUUGCAAGUCUGAUACGGUCAAGACUUCUUCCUAAUAUAAAGUACCGAAGGGAGAUCUUGAAGUUGAGUGAUGGUGGACAAGUGGCAUUGGAUUGGUUGGAAGAUGGCUGUCCAGGCAGUGCGCCAGUUGUUCUCAUUCUUCCUGGUUUGACAGGGGAAAGCCAGGCUGAAUAUGUUAAGUGCCUAGUAAAUUCAGCCAGGCGCAUCAAAUUAAGAGUGGUUGUCUUCAACAACAGAGGUCUCGGUGGGAUUUCUUUGAAGACACCAAGAACAUACUGCGCUUCAAAGUGUGAUGAUUUAUCAGAAGUUGUGAAUCAUGUUAGAUCACUGAAUCCUGGAAUCCCUCUUGUAGCAGCUGGUGUUUCUAUGGGAGGACUCAUAUUAGGCAACUACUUGGCAUCACAGUUUUCUAAACCAGACAAACCAAUCUCAGCUGCUAUGGUAAUAUCAGUACCUUGGAAUGUCUUUAAAGGCACAGAGAGUAUUGAGAAACCAAUUGUAAACUUAAUGUUGAAUAGACAUCUUGCCGGUGGCCUCUGCAGAAAUAUUGAAAGACUAAAACGUGAUAAAGUACCACAUGGACCAUGGGAUCUUGAAGAGGUUUUGAGGAGCAAGACUAUACGUGAAUUUGAUUCAUCAUACACCACAAAACAGUUUGGCUACAAAGAUGUGGAGUCCUACUAUACAGAUGCUACUAUCCAUGAUAAACUACAUAAAAUUGAAGUUCCAUUAUUGUGCCUCAGUGCUGGGGAUGACCCCUUUCAGCCUUUUGAAGCAAUUCCUCUUCAGGCAGCAAAUGAUUCCAAACAUGUUGCUAUUGUUGUAACAGCACGUGGUGGUCACAUUGGGUUCCUGGAAGGUCUUUUUCCCCUGCUCCAUGAGCAGUAUAUGUGUCGCCUUUUCACACAGUAUUUCACUGCCAUGUUUGAAUAUGGCUCAGAUCUUAUUGGUAUAGUCAAGAAACCUACAACUACGUCAUAAAUCACUGAAUGAAAUGGGAAGUGAAGGGUAAUUGAAUAAUAUUGAGAUUAUGGUGCUUUUUGUUCUGAAUAAUGCUGUGCACAUUUAGACAUUAAUACAAGAGAAUGUAAGUACGUAAAAUGAGCAGUAACUUCAGCAAUCUUGUAACUUGCCAAGCAGCUCAUGGAUGGAUUCUUUUUAAAAGAUCUCUAAUAUUCAUGCUUAUGCACAGGAUGUUUGUUAAAUUCCUUAGCUCUUCCAUAUCAGGUACACAUAACAUAUUCACAUAGAAAAUAUAUGUAUGUGAUCAUGCAUACCUGUUACAUAUUCAUGAGUACUGUAAGCAUUUAUUGUUAUGCAGUAAUAGCACUGUACAGACUUUGCUGGUAGCAUAUGUCUCAUAUUCCUUUGGUUAGAGAAGUAUUAAUUUAAUAAUGCUUUUAGAAUCAUUUCUGUCAAGGCCACAUGCAGCAUUAUGACUAAGCCAUUGUCCAGAUAAAUGUAAAUGUUAGCACCAACACCAAGUGUAGUUUUAGAAUUUUAUUUUGUCAAAUAAUUAAACAUGUUUUUUAGAGUUAAAUGUCAGAUAGUUAACAUCUGCAGUAUUUAUCUUAGAGACAUGGCAGAUAUAAACUGUUGCUUAUCUGUCAAGUACAGCUGGUAGCAGAUAUUAGGGUUUAUAAUAUAGUCACACUAGUUGAGUCCAUUUAACUUUUCCUUAAACUGUUAGAAGCAUUUAUGAAUGCAUUUUUAGACAAUGUUGUUAUUGCUGUUGUUGUUAUUGUUAUAAGAUAGUCAGGUUAUUUUGUACAUUGUCACUUUUGUAUAUACUCAUAGGCAUAAGAAUAAGUGCUGGAAUAGAGGUCAGGCUCUAGCCAGUAUGACAAAGGACUGCUAGUCACCACAGUAGGAAAAGCAUAUAUGCAAUAACUAAUUCAAGGAGUGAAGUAUAACAUACAGCAAACUCUCUUUAUUAUCUGCAUUAAAGGAAGGGAGAAGCACUGCAGAUAAUUAAAACAAUGGAUACUCCAGAAAUCUGAAUAUACUCAUUUUCUAGGUUGAAUUUGACCUCGAAACAAUUUAAUUAUCACUUACUGGUUAGCUGCUGGUCAGUAAACAGUAAGACCAAUAUCUGUCCAAUGGAAGAAAACAGCCCUUAUUCAAAGGUAGUAGGCUGAUCUGAAACAUAAUAAAACAACAAACAGCAGGCUAAGAAGUUGUACAGCCUACUGCAUAUCAAUAUAAACAAUCACUGAUAAAUGUCACUGAAAUAGAUAUAAUUGUCAACACUUCAGUCAUUACAGGAAGCUACAGGUCUAUAAGAUCCACAUUUAAUCUGCAUAUGGGUAAUCGAGAGCCUACUGUACUCUGUUAAUAUAGUUUAUGCUAGUUUUAAUUAUAAAUAUAAAUGCAUAUACUGUGUUACUUCAAAUAGAUGCACAUUUUACACUGUUUUUUUUUUCCAUUCAAAAUUUGAGGUACAUCUUAAAUUCGAGGAAAAUGCACCUUUCUAAUUUUUCCACAAAACCCACAUUCAGAAAUUGGAUGCAUCUUAAAUCUGAUGGCGCCUUAUAUUCGAAGUAACACUUAAGUUUAAAGUAAAGUAAUAUAUGUAACUGUCCAACUACAUAAAUGCCUAUAGGGAUUUUUAUUUAAUUUCAGUCAUAAUUUAUUAUUCAUAUUUAUACAUGUUGAACAAAGUAUAUACAGAUGUACCAAAUAUUCCAGUCAAACAGUAGCACUCCUAUUGCCUGUUCUGAGGUCUCAGGUUCAAAUUUUGACCCAGAGAUCACCUAUCCUAAUUGAGGUUUCUCAUGACUUUCUUAAGUUUCCAAGAAAUCGCCAUGAUAGUACCUCAAAUUAGGCCAUGACCAUUUCCGUCCACAUUCUUUCAUAUUCAUUUUUCAUUAAUCCUUCUCUG